AUGACAGCUGAAGGAGAAUCACGCCGUCCCUCACGGAUAUCGGUCAAGAAUGCUGAAGAAGGCAUCACCGGCACCAAGGCGGACCGUACCCUGGAGGAAUUUGGAUAUACCCCGGAAUUGGCGCGCAAUCGGUCUAUCUGGCAGGUCACCUUUAUGUGCUUCAUUCUCUCGUCGGUCCCUUAUGGCUUAUGCACGACCUUGUACUAUCCUCUAGCGGCCGGUGGUCCCGCUAACAUCAUCUGGGGUUGGGUUUUGGUCUCGUUCUUGAUUCUCUGUGUGGCGAUUUCGCUGGCCGAAAUCACCUCCGUCUACCCAACCGCCGGUGGUGUUUAUUACCAAACAUUCGUUCUCUCCCCACUUUGGUGUCGUCGCGUCGCAGCCUGGAUCUGUGGCUGGUCCUAUGUCGCCGGCAACAUCACCAUUACACUUGCCGUCAACUUCGGUGUCACUUUGUUGUUCAUCUCCUGUCUCAACGUCUUUGAAACAGACGGCGUCGGCCUCACCGAGAAUUUCCAAGCCUACCAGACCUUCCUCAUCUUCCUGGGUAUCACUUUGUUGACCCACGCGAUCUCAGGCUUUGGAAACAAAUGGCUUCCCAUGCUCGAGACAUUCGCGAUUUUCUUGACCAUUGUUGGUUCCAUUGCUAUCGUCGUGGCUCUUUUGGUCGUGGCAAAGGAUGGUCGCCGCUCCGGUGCCUGGGUCUUUGGAAGCUUUGAACCAAAUGCUGGUUGGCCCGCUGGGUGGUCAUUCUUUAUUGGUUUGCUGCAAGCUGCCUAUGCUACCUCGGCUACUGGCAUGAUUGGCUCUCUCUGUGAAGAAGUCCAAGAGCCUGCCGUGAUGGUUCCCAAGGCCAUGGUGGGUACCGUGGUCAUCAACACCUUUGCCGGUCUCCUCUUCUUGAUCCCCGUCUGCUUCGUCAUGCCCGAUAUCACCAUGCUGGUUGAUCUCGCUUCUGGACAGCCUACUCCGGUCAUUUUCCAGAAAGCCCUCGGCAGCGACGUAGGUGCAUUCUGCUUGAUGAUCCCUCUUCUGAUCUUGGGAGUUAUUUGCGGUGUUGGCUGCGUGACUGCCACCUCCCGCUGCACCUGGGCCUUUGCUCGUGACGGUGGUAUUCCGGGCUCGGGUUGGUGGCGCGUGGUUGACAAGAGACUCGAUAUUCCUUUCAACGCCAUGAUGCUCAGCAUGGUGGUCGAAAUCAUCCUAGGUGUUAUCUACUUUGGAUCUACUGCCGCCUACAACGCGUUUUCAGGCGUUGGUGUCAUCUUCUUGACAAUGAGUUACGCCUGCCCCAUCCUCGUGUCCUUAGUCUUUCGUCGUCGGGAGGAUAUCAAGACUGCCAGCUUCAAUCUUGGCAUCUUCGGCGCUAUUGCCAAUGUCAUCGCUCUCGCCUGGAGUGCACUUGCCAUUCCUCUCUUCUGUAUGCCUACAUUGGAGACCGUCACACUGACCAGCAUGAACUACGCAUCCGUGGUGUUUGUUGGAGUUGUGGUUAUCGCCGCUGUUUGGUACGGUGUCUGGGGCUACAAGAACUACCGUGGUCCCCCUACCGAUGCAGUAGAGACCGACAGCGACUCCAUGCCCGAAGCGAUCGCUGAAAUUGAAAAAACAAAAAGCCGAUAA